GCCGGCAGGGGGCGGCAGUGGCGGGCGGAGGCGGCGGCGCGGCCCGGCCCGCUCAAGAUGGCGGUGCGGAAGAAGGACGGCGGCCCCAACGUCAAGUACUACGAGGCCUCGGACACCGUCAGCCAGUUCGACAACGUGCGGCUCUGGCUCGGCAAGAACUACAAGAAGUACAUCCAGGCCGAGCCCCCCACCAACAAAUCGCUGUCGAGCCUGGUGGUGCAGCUGCUGCAGUUCCAGGAGGAGGUGUUCGGCAAGCACGUCAGCAACGCGCCCCUCACCAAGCUGCCGAUCAAAUGCUUCCUGGAUUUCAAGGCGGGGGGAGCCCUGUGCCACAUCCUGGCAGCCGCCUAUAAAUUCAAGAGCGACCAAGGAUGGCGGCGUUUCGAUUUCCAGAAUCCCUCGCGCAUGGACCGCAACGUGGAGAUGUUCAUGACCAUCGAGAAAUCCCUGGUGCAGAACAACUGCCUGGCUCGGCCCAACAUCUUCCUGCACCAGGAGAUCGAGCCCAAACUGCUGGGGAAGCUCAAGGACAUCGUCAAGAGGCACCAGGGCACGGUGACUGAGGACAAGAGCAACGCGUCCCACAUAGUCUGCCCCGUGCCUGGGAACCUGGAGGAAGAGGAGUGGGUCCGGCCCGUCAUGAAGCGUGACAAGCAGGUGCUGCUGCACUGGGGGUACUACCCCGACAGCUAUGACACCUGGAUCCCGGCCAGCGAGAUCGAGGCGUCCGUGGAGGAUCCGCCGACACCGGAGAAGCCCCGGAAGGUCCAUGCCAAGUGGAUCCUGGACACGGACACCUUCAACGAGUGGAUGAACGAGGAGGAUUACGAGGUGACCGACGAGAAGAGCCCCGUCACCCGCAGGAAGAAGAUCUCGGCCAAGACACUGACAGACGAGGUGAACAGCCCCGACUCGGACCGGCGGGACAAGAAGGGGGGCAACUACAAGAAGAGGAAGCGCUCGCCCUCUCCCUCGCCCACCCCCGAGGCCAAGAAGAAGAAUGCGAAGAAGGGACCCUCCACCCCCUAUAACAAAUCCAAGCGCGGGCACCGCGAGGAGGAGCAGGAGGACCUGACCAAGGACAUGGACGAGCCCUCGCCCGUCCCCAACGUGGAGGAGGUGACCCUGCCCAAAACAGUCAACACCAAGAAGGACUCGGAGUCGGCGCCAGUCAAGGGGGGCACCAUGACAGACCUGGAUGAGCAGGAAGAUGAGAGCAUGGAGACAGCUGGCAAGGACGAGGAGGAGAACGGCACCGGCAGCAAAGGGGAGCAGGCCAAGAACCCCGACCUGCACGAGGACAACGUGACAGAGCAGACCCACCACAUCAUCAUCCCCAGCUACGCUGCCUGGUUCGACUACAACAGCGUCCACGCCAUCGAGCGCCGCGCCCUGCCCGAGUUCUUCAACGGCAAAAACAAAUCCAAGACCCCCGAAAUAUACCUGGCCUACCGGAACUUCAUGAUCGACACGUACCGGCUGAACCCGCAGGAGUACCUGACCUCGACGGCCUGCCGGCGCAACCUGGCCGGGGACGUCUGUGCCAUCAUGCGGGUCCACGCCUUCCUGGAGCAGUGGGGUCUCAUCAACUACCAGGUGGACGCCGAGAGCCGGCCCACCCCCAUGGGCCCCCCGCCCACCUCGCACUUCCACGUGCUGGCCGACACGCCCUCGGGGCUGGUGCCGCUGCAGCCCAAGACGCCCCAGGGCCGGCAGAGCGACGGCGACGCCAAGACGGGCCGCAAGAGCAAAGAGAUGGAGGAGCUGGUCAGCGAGACGGUGAAGGGCAAGCCGGAGCUGCAGCCCAGCUCGGCCUCGCAGCAGAUGCUGAACUUCCCCGACAAGGGCAAGGAGAAGCCGGCGGACAUGCAGAACUUCGGGCUCCGCACCGACAUGUACACCAAGAAGAACGUGCCCUCCAAGAGCAAAGCGGCUGCCAGCGCCACCAGGGAGUGGACGGAGCAGGAGACGCUGCUGCUGCUGGAGGUGCGGGACAUGGGGAUAGGGGAUGUGGGGACUCAAAGGGAAGUGGGGACCUGA